AUGGAGACAACUGGAUUAGUCCGAGCGGAAAUACUUUGCCAACAACAUGUUCCCGGUGCUGCAGUGUUUCUCAAUAUACUGGAUGAGAUACAGAAAGAGGUGGAUGAUCCAAAACAUGAAUUUCGUCGUCGCAUCCUAGCUGGUAUGUUCCGCGAUAUCCAGGACGGAGAUCUAUCGCUGUAUGAUUUCCGAAACACUACAGCGGAUAGCGAUGAUGUGCUAAGUCAACAGUUAAAUCCGCUAUAUUUGCCACGUGAAAUGUUGGAAAUACAGAAAGAGCAAAGCUAA